CGGACUGGGGCGCCUCGCCCGCGCCGGCAAGAGGGGCUGCGCCCUCUGACGAGCCCGGGCGAUGGGAGGCAGCGCGGCGGGGCGGGGUGACCGCCGCGGCUCUAAUAAGGCCGGGGCUGGCGCUGGUCGAGGGCUGCUUGCCUCGGUGCCCCCGCCCGCCCCCGAGCAUGCAGUGCUUCCCCAGCCUGGUGCUGGCCCUCAGCUCGCUGCUGGGCGCCCUGGCGCUGCUGCAGCUCUCGCUGUACCUCCGGGUGCCGUCCCGCUACGGGAAGCACGAGGAGCGGCUGUGCCGGCCGCGGGGCCGGUUGCCGGCGCGCUGCGCCUGGUUCCUGCAGGAGCUGCCCUCCUUCCUGGUGCCCGCGCUGCUGCUGGCGCUGCGCAGCCCGCCCCGCCUCGAGCCGCUCGGCUGCCGCCUCCUCUGCUGCCUCUUCUGCUGGCACUACUUCUACAGGACAUUUAUUUACCCUUUCCUCACUAGAGGCAGACCUUUCCCACUGCAAUUGCUUUUCUUUGGCACGUUAUUCUGUAUCUAUAAUGGCUUCCUCCAGGGGUACUACCUGAUUUACUGCGCUGAAUAUCCAAACGAUUGGUGCACCGACAUCAGAUUUACAUCAGGCCUCCUCUUGUUUCUGCUGGGAAUGGGAAUCAACAUUCACAGUGAUCUCCUCCUGCGUCAGCUGAGGAAACCCGGGGAAGUCACUUACAAGAUUCCUCAAGGGGGACUGUUCACCUAUGUUUCUGGAGCCAACUACUUUGGAGAAAUUGUGGAAUGGUUUGGUUUUGCCAUAGCAACCUGGUCCCUACCAGCCUUCGCCUUUGCCUUUUUUACUCUUUGCUGCAUCGGGCCACGUGCUUAUCACCAUCACAGGUACUAUCUCAAGACAUUUACGGACUAUCCAAAAUCAAGGAAAGUCUUGAUUCCCUUUGUUUUUUAAUGACUGAAAUAUGGACUCUGUGUUCUGUUUUUAUAGGGUUUUUUUCAAUUCCUAGUUUUAAUGUUAGGUCUGACUAUAAUUAAUUGUACAAAAGAUAACCUGGGGUUGUAACAGACAAGAAGAUAAUUUGGAACUGAAGUUCUUAUUUUUAAUUACAGAGGAAAUUGCAGAUAGUUGUGGGCAAAUGGCCUCCCCAAACAACAUGUUUGCUUCUCAGUGCAGUUCUCUCUCUGGAAAAUGGAUAUAUAACUGCACUGACAUCUAAGAAAAAGCAUUGGCUAAAAACUGGUGUAAAAAAAGUAGAAAGUAAGCCUGUGAUUUCAGAGAAAGUCUUCAGCAGCCAGUCCAGUUUAUAGCACUUCUGCAGCUGCUUCUUUCUGCGUGCAUGCCGGAGCACACGUGCCCUCACCCUGCCGGCACUGCCCGAGGUGCUGCCAUGCUUCAAAGGGGAGUAGGGGUCUCCUUUGCCAGGAAAAUAACUCAGCCCAUUAUUUUUCAUCUAAAAGCCAGCUUAGCUCCCAGAACCAUAAUGCAACAAGAAAAUACUUGUGCUGGCACAAGGCUGGGAGCAGUGGGCCAUAGCACAGGGGUGACGCGAAGUACGUGGAGAUGGAAGGAUCUUAAGCUGGCACUCAUAAGCACAGUGUCUGUGUUUCUUCCUUAAGCCAUACUCUCCUCACUGUCAGAUGAUUAAUCUUCAGCCAUCAGGGUGUUGUUGUUUUUCUUUAUUUAAAUGGACUUUGUUAAAGCAAUUGCAACUUCAUCAGGAUAUUUUUCUCUUGCAAAUCCAGAGUUCUUUUUGGAAUAAAAAUUUGUCCACUCAAAACCACUCAAUUGUUAUUCAUUAAAAGGCUUGAGAUGGUAAUGUAUGACAAAAAUUGCAACAAAUAAAAAGCUCUGUGUUGAAGAAAAUGUUCUCCAACACUGACAGUAUGUUUUGUCUAUGAAGAACAUUUUCAGAUACUCAAAUUAGGAAACGAUACAAAGAUAUUAUUGAAUUUUCACAAAAGCACAGGGUAUAUCUUCUUAAUUUCAGAAUAUAGUUACGAAUUUUCCCAAAAAUGUAAUUAACCCCAAUUGGAGGAGACAUCUCCAUGGAUGCUGAUCAUUUUAGUUCCCCUUUAGAGCAUAAAAUCCUACUAAGAAUCAUGCUGAGUAGCUGGAAAGAAAAAGACCAGACUGCAAGGACUAAGCAUUCUGCCUGCUGUUGGAGUCACCUCAUUGACUGUACACAAUUUCCUCCAAAACACAAUAAAAUUUAUGUAAAACAGA